AUGACUUCCACUAGCUUUUUCAUUGCAACACUCUUACUCGCAUUAGGGGUUCUUGUCCUCGGAAAGCUGUGGAAUAAUUACCAAUGGAGCAGGAAGUACAAACUACCUCCGGGUCCGAAAGGUGUGCCUUACUUCGGCAACAUGUUCCAAAUGCCGCCGUUCCAUCAAGGUCCCUGGGCAAAAGAGAUGGCCGAAAAAUAUGGUGAAAUGUUCACCAUCAAAGUUGCUGACAACACAUGGGUCUUCUUAAAUUCCUCUCGCACCGUAAACGCCCUCCUCGAAAAACGCUCCGCAAUCUACUCCUCCCGACCACGCUUCCCUUACACUAGUACCCUGAUGUCCGGCGGCUGCCGCAUGGUUGUCCAACCCUAUGGCCCGCAAUGGCGGUCCAUCCGGAAAAUCAUGCACUCAAUUCUUAAUAUCAAGAAUGCUGCUACCUUUGCCCCAUUCCAGGACCUAGAAUCUAGACACUUGGUCUGGGACUAUUUAUGCAAACCUGAAGAAUGGUUUCGCGCCAAUCAACGGUUUGCGAAUAGCGUGAUUAUGAGCGUGGUUUUUGCAAAGCGUGCAGAAAGCUCCGACGAAAAUAUCGAAAAGCUUUUCGACACAAGCAGAGAGUUCAUCGCAGCCUUGCAACCCGGCGCCAAUCUCGUCGACACUUUCUACAUCCUGGACCGCCUUCCUAAGCCCCUCCAGUGGUGGCGCGUGCGAGGCAACCGCGCAUUCCAAAAAGUGCUGAAAGUCUAUACAACUGAAGUCAACGACCUCAAACGCAGAAUGACAGAAAAUAAAUGUCCUCCUUGCUUUGCAACACACUUCCUCUCCGCCCCCGAAACUGCCAAACUUGGCGAAACGCAAACGCUCUUCGCCCUUGGCUCCCUCAUGGAAGCAGGCUCCGACACCUCGCGCAUGACGCUCUCGCAAAUCAUCGCCGCCGCGGCGAAAGACCCCCGCUGGGUUAAAAAAGCGCAGGAUGAGCUCGACGCUAUAUGUGGGUACGCAGUCCGCUUGCCAGAUUUCUCCGACCGCCACGAUCUACCAUACAUGUCUGCGGUUACGAAAGAGGGGUUUCGGUGGCGACCGUUCGCGGAGAUUGGGGUUCCGCAUAUGCUGAUUAAGGAUGAUGAGUUUGAGGGUUAUAGGUUUCCAAAAGAUACGGUGUUUACGUGGAAUUCGUGGGCGAUUGCACUGGAUGAAAGGGAGCAUAAAGAUGCAUUGAGGUUUUGGCCGGAGCGGUGGCUUGACCCGGAAAUCGAGGGCUUUGGCCGCCGCGUAUGCACCGGCUACCACGUCGGCGACACAAACGUGUGGAUCGCCGCGGCUCGUCUUCUAUACUGCUUCAACUUUGCGGAGAACCCGGAGCAUAAGAUCGAUACGAUGAAUUUGAAUGUUGGAGAACAUCGGUUCGCACCGUUUGAGGUCAAUAUUACGGUGAGAAGUGAGAGGCAUAAGGAGUUGAUUGAGAGAAUUGGGAAACCCGCUGUUGGGGUUAAAUAUUAG